AUUAACGGAGUGACUGGUUAACACUAGAACAGAUGUAACAAGAGGCAAUAUUUUACGAAUUUCAACAAAAAUAUUUGACAUAUACAUUUACUAGAACAAUUUACGUAUAUUUGGAUUUUUCUAUACGGCAUGCAAUUUAAUUUUGGGGAUUUGUAAAGUUAAAGUUACGAUAGAUACGAAUUUUAAGCGAAGGAGAACUUCUUUCUCAUCAUUAUUUAUUUCGACAGCUUAAAUCUUGAGUAUGUACCUGUUGAUCGCUAGUCUUUUUGUAUUCUUUGGACAAUCGUUGAGCUUGCAAGUGACGAUAUGUAGUCUUGUAGUUAAAGGGACUACGCUGCCAUAUGACUACAGCAAAACAGGAGUUGCAAUAGCAAUGGGCAUAGAGGAUGCACGCGUCAACCUAGGAGGAUCAUUGACCUUAAAUUACAUUCGCCGUGAUAUAGGUGACUCUUGCUCACAAACAGCAGCCGUUGGGGCUAUCUUGGCAGAGGCUUACCUCAUGGAGAACGCAUCAAUCUUCAUUGGACCAGCUUGCCCGGUUAUGCUUGAGAGAGUAUGGCGUAUGACGGAGUAUUGGAACGUCCCUGUUAUAACGCCAGGAGAACUGCCCCAGUCACUACCGUAUGAUGGCCUGAAGUUGAGUCCAAACAUUAUACAAAUGUCAUACACUGCUGACACUGUCGUGGGGUUCUUAUUAAGCAUCUUCAACAAAUACGGUUGGAAACAGGUGGCUCUGGUAUAUGAUGCGGAUAGCGCAUACUGCUCAAAGCUCGCAGCAACGCUAGAUGAAAUGGUAAAUGGAACCUCCUAUACAGUGACAAAGAUAUCAACGACGACAAGCAACUUCGACCAAAUAUUUGGUAAAGUGGAAAAAGCUUCUAAAGUUGUUUCUGUCUGCCUGUCAGAACCUGAUGUCAUUGAAAUGAUACGUGAAGCAGAAGUCAAAGAGAUGACAAAUGGUCAUUUUGCAUUUUUCUUGCUGGAUGAUCACGACCAACCAUUUUUGACCAAUCUCUUAACGGUUCAAAGUAUUCAAGAGGCGCUUCGAGCAGCUUAUCUGAUAACAAUGCAACGACCUGCCAUUGAUCAGGAUUUCAUAGAUUUCAAAUCGAGAUUAAAGGACCGAUCAGCUCAAGAGGGAUAUGUUUAUGGAAGCACAGAAGAGGUUAGUGAAUAUGCAGAGUUGUGGUAUGACAGUGUCACGUUGUACGCCCAUACUAUACAAGGCAUGGUGUCUCGUGGAGAGGAUAUACUCAACAGGGUAUCUGUAGUCAGCCAUAUGUCAGACACGACAUUCAAAGGUCUUAGAGGCAAUGUGACGAUGAACACACAUGGUGUCAGAGAGGAGGAUUUAGAAUUGUAUUCAAUAGAUUCAAGUUUCAAUAUGCAAUUGGUUGCCACAUUUGACGGUUCGGAGCGUUCCUAUAUAGAGGUCAGUGAGAUAAGCUGGUUGGGCGGAGUGCAACCUUCAGAUGGACCGUCGUGCCAGUUUGAGAAUUGUGGCGAGACUGAAUCCAUUUCUUUCAUUGUGAUAAUUGUGUGUGUUUGUUGUGCUGUUGCGGCUGCUAUAGCAAUAGCUGGCUUCUUAUACUAUAGAAGACAGAAUGAUGACGAUUGGUGGAGAGUAACAUGGGAUGAGUUACGAAUUAAAACCGUCAGGACUCUGUCAAGUCGAACAGUUGCUACUAGCCAAGGGUCUAGAUUGUCUAAGGCUUCUGUAGGGGCAGCUUCCAUGCAGCAGUUGUUCACGCAGGUGGGGGUGCUUAAGGGGAACCAAGUGGCAGUGCGUUCGGUGCCCCUUCACCCAAUGGUUAAACUUCAUGUGGAUGACGGGCUGAGGCAACAAUUACGAGAGUUAAGAGAGAUCACGCAUCCAAACCUUGCACGUGUAGUUGGUGUAGUCAUCGAGCCUCCUACUGUGGCAGUACUUACAGCAUAUUGUCCUAAAGGAAGCCUACAGGAUGUCCUACAGAACGAUGCAAUGCAACUAGACUGGUCUUUCAGAAUCUCCAUUGUUCAGGAUAUCAUAAAGGGGAUGAUCUAUUUGCACGACAGUACUCUAAAGAGUCAUGGGAAACUAAGAAGCUCAAAGUGUGUCAUAGACAGUAGAUUUGUUCUAAAGAUCACAGACUAUGGGUUACCCACGAUAAGAGGCGCAGAAUAUCACGAUGAGACAUCGGUGUACUGGAAUGCGUUCUUGUGGACUGCCCCUGAACAUUUAAGAGGAUCGACUAGUUUGUUAGGCAGUCAAGAAGGCGACGUUUACAGUUUUGCAAUAAUACUUCAGGAAAUUGUGACAAAAACGGGACCUUAUGAACAUAUGCCGGAAACCAUCUCUACAGAGGAAAUUGUUUCGCGGAUCAGGGUUGGGGAGCAACCUCCUUAUCGCCCAUACGUGGACAAGUCCGAGUAUGAAUGUGCAGAUGUCAUUUACGAACUCAUGCAAGACUCUUGGGACGAGGAGCCAAAAAAUCGACCUUCGUUCCAAAAAAUUAAGCGAAUAAUGACCAAAGCUGGAUCAUGGCGAGAAACGGAUAACUUAAUGGAUACACUGUUGAAACGAAUGGAGCAAUAUGCCACAAACCUUGAGAACAUGGUGGAAGAAAAGACACAGGCCUUUAUAGAAGAGAAAAAACGUUCUGAACAAUUGUUAUAUCAAGUUUUGCCAAAAUCAGUCGCAGAUAAACUAAAGAACAACCAAACAGUAGAAUCAGAAGCUUAUGAAUGUGUCACCAUUUACUUUAGUGACAUUGUUGGUUUCACUACGAUAUCUUCUGAGAGUACUCCUAUGCAAGUGGUUGGUCUUCUUAACGACCUCUAUACGUGCUUUGAUGCCGUCUUGGAGAACUUUGAUGUUUACAAGGUUGAGACUAUAGGUGACGCAUAUAUGGUGGUCUCGGGUUUACCCAUGCGCAAUGGAAAUAAUCAUGUGCGUGAAAUUGCCCGGAUGUCACUCACACUGCUUCAUAAAAUAACUAUUUUCAAAGUGCAUCAUAGACCAGAGGAGGUUCUGAAAUUGAGGAUAGGUCUUCACUCAGGUCCAGUUUGUGCUGGCGUGGUCGGUUUGAAGAUGCCGCGCUACUGUCUCUUUGGUGACACUGUGAAUACAGCAUCCAGGAUGGAGUCGAAUGGCCAAGCCAUGAAAAUACAUAUUAGCUCAGUAAGCAAGAAUCUGCUGGAUAAAUUUAAGGGGUUUGAAAUUGAUCUGCGAGGUGACAUCACAGUAAAGGGAAAAGGCGAGAUGACAACGUAUUGGCUAACAGGUGAAUCUAAUGUAGAUUUUUCCGACACACAACAAUUUUUUGGCCAAAGGAAAAGUAAGAUUGAAAAAGAAAGUGUUGUAGAACCACCAAUGUAUGUGAAUGCUGAAAAUGAUGUUAAUGGAUCACAAACGCAUGUGCCGGACGCAACACCGGAAGUUAAAGAUAAAGAGGCAUCUGAUGAGUUAUUAACACCUGAAAUUCCAGUUCUCCAAACAACGGCGCCAACACCAACGAUCGAUAAAGAUGAUGUAUAUGAUAUAUAGACGAAAUGUAUCAAUUGAUUGAUAUUUGCUCAGUUGAUCUACCGUAUAACAGUAGCCAUAUUUUGGUAUUAGUAGACAUCCAAAAUGAAACAGUAUAAUGAGCGUUCAAACGUUUACUCAAUAUAGAAGUGUCUUUUUGUACAGUUGACCAAUCACGGGUUUUUAAUGAACAAAACAAAUACUUUAAAUACUGUAUAUUUAAUUUAUUAUAUGAUUAUGUUAAAAUAUGAGCAUCGUAUCUCAGCACAAUGUAUAUAUUUUAUGUAUUUCAACCAAUCAAAUUGCUAAAAUUAUCAUUUGCCAUUUAAGUAAAGGUGAAGUAAAACCAAUCAAAUUGCUGAAUUAUCAUUUGCCAAGUAAAGGUCAAGUAAAAACAAUCAAAUUGCUGAAAUUAUCAUUUGCCAAGUAAAGGUGAAGUAAUUACGAUUUAAGUCAAAAGUAAAUGGGGAACGUUCGAGUUAAAAGAAGUAAUAGGGGUUGCCCAUCCCCAAUGGACAGCGAGACAAAGCAUGCAUGCUUUGCAUCAAGUGUUCCUCAGUUACAAUUGAUCAGAAAUACUGACAAAAUCUAUUUUAAAAUUAUCCCAUUGUCAUGAAAACAUGCAAGUUUAACACGUGCUCCAAAUGGAGACGUCCAUUUACCUAAUUUUUAAAUGGUAGUGUAUCUGGAAAACUACAUGUAAAAGUAUUUGUGUUAGUUGCAUACCUUCGAAGAUUCUCGGAUGUUUAAACCUUUAAAUUUUGAAUUUUCCCAAAUAUAAUAGCGGGUACAAUAAUGUCCUCAUAUGGCGACAUGUUUUACGAAUCAAAAACAUCUAUAAAUAUUGCACGCAUUGAGUGUUUUUCUCUCCAAAAGAAAUACAAUUCAUGGAUUUUGCAUUUCAUCAUUUUAGUAUUUUUAAAGUACUUAAGUACUAUGUACGUUUAUAGUAAUAAAGGACGUUGUCAGUUAUAA